UAACUUAAGGGAGAGGGAGAGAGAUAUAUGGUAGGUUCGACACAUAACGGAGGGGGAGAUAGCGGUAAGUCAUUGAUGGAAGACCUCCUCGGACUUCUAAGGAUCCGCAUUAAGCGUGGCGUCAACCUCGCCGUUCGUGAUGUUAAUACUAGUGAUCCAUAUGCCGUCGUUAAGAUGGGCAAGCAGAGACUCAAGACUCAUGUGAUUAAAAAGGAUGUGAAUCCUGAGUGGAAUGAAGACCUUACACUAUCUAUCACAGAUCCCGUUGUUCCAUUCAAACUGACUGUGUAUGACUAUGACACAUUUAGCAAAGAUGACAAAAUGGGAGAUGCUGAGUUUGACCUCUCACCAUAUAUAGAGGCCUUAAAGACGAACUUAGAAGGCCUCCCAGAAGGUACUAUAAUCACGAGAAUACAGCCGUGCAGACAAAACUGCUUGUCAGAGGAGAGUUGCAUCACUUAUUCCGAUGGCAAAGUUGUCCAAGAUGUUGUCCUUAGAUUGAGAAAUGUUGAAUGUGGUGAAGUGGAAAUUCAAUUGCAAUGGAUCGAUCUUCCCGGUGCCAAGGGUUUAUAUUAGUUGUUACUAGAGACUGCAUAUAAGGCUUGCUAAUUCGUUGAACAAAAAUAUAUCCGUUCUUUAUUGGAUUUUAGGGCAUUGUUAGUAGGGUUGAAUACGUGAUUGUGUUCUUCCGUCUACUCUCCUCCGGUUUGUUUAUUGGAAGCUUGUUCCGUUGGGACUCAAUUUGUAUUUCAUGUAUUUUGCUAGAAUGCUAGUCAGUCUGCUACUCGAUGCCAACAA